UACUCACUAAGCAAAAUAAAAUAAAACAAAUUGUGUUGAAAACAGAAAGAAAUUUUUGAUACAUAUAUUUAAUUUUUUCAAAAUAAUACACUCACUGGAAAAAAUUUUAAGGAACAACAAUCGUACCACAUUUUAGACGCCCGAACGUUAACGUCUGUUUAACUGUGGUAUUGAAAAAAAAUUUUAUUUAAAACUACAAUACAUUUUUUUUAUCCCUAUUCUGCUGUUGAAUUACUGGAGGUAGCUGUUACAAUGGAUUCGGAUGAGGACGCGUUGAACGAUAUAGAUUCUGGCAAUGAAUCUAGUGGAGAUGAUGUGGAUUUUGCCAUGGAAGUUGAUGUGCGCCAUGAGCGUGAAAAGAACCAGGACGUUGACGAUUUUCCCUUUGAAGUUUUAUCUACUGACAAUAUCGUUCAACACAUGAUUGACUGUAUCAAGGAAGUUAAUACCGUGCUUCAAAUGCCAGCUACAACUACUCGUAUUUUAUUGAAUCAUUUUAAAUGGGAUAAAGAAAAAUUGAUGGAACGGUUUUAUGAUGGAGACCAAGAAAAAUUAUUUUCAGAAGCUAGAGUAAUAAAUCCAUUUAAAAGAACUCAACCUAUUAUACACAGGCCAACAUCUACACGUAGCAGUAGAAGUGUUUCUGGAAUGGAAGAUUGUGCUAUAUGUUUUACAAGGCUUCCAACCAAUAUGAUGACUGGAUUAGAAUGUAACCAUCGAUUCUGUACACAGUGCUGGACAGAAUAUUUAACUACAAAAAUUAUUGAAGAAGGUGUUGGUCAAACAAUUGCAUGUGCAGCUAGUGGAUGUGAUAUAUUAGUAGAUGAUGCCACUGUUAUGCGAUUAGUCAAAGACCCAAAAGUUCGAAUGAAAUACCAACAUCUAAUAACAAAUAGUUUUGUUGAAUGUAAUCGGUUAUUACGUUGGUGUCCAUCACCGGACUGCAACAAUGUCAUAAAAGCCCAAUAUAUUGACUCUAAACCAGUUAUAUGUCGAUGUUUACAUGUGUUUUGUUUUGUGUGUGGAGAAAAUUGGCAUGAUCCAGUUAAAUGUAAUCUAUUAAGGAAAUGGAUCAAAAAGUGUGAUGAUGAUUCUGAAACUUCAAACUGGAUAGCAGCUAAUACUAAAGAAUGCCCUAAGUGUAAUGUCACUAUAGAAAAAGAUGGUGGUUGCAACCACAUGGUUUGUAAAAAUCAAAAUUGCAAAACUGACUUUUGUUGGGUUUGUCUAGGACCAUGGGAACCACAUGGAUCUUCAUGGUAUAAUUGUAACCGAUAUGAUGAAGAAGAAGCUAAAGCAGCUAGAGAUGCUCAAGAAAGAUCUAGAGCAGCGUUACAGAGGUACCUUUUCUACUGUAACCGUUACAUGAAUCAUAUGCAAUCACUAAAAUUUGAACACAAGCUUUAUGCUAGUGUUAAAGAAAAAAUGGAAGAAAUGCAACAACAUAACAUGUCAUGGAUUGAGGUACAAUUUUUAAAAAAAGCUGUUGAUAUAUUAUGUCAAUGUAGACAAACACUCAUGUACACUUAUGUAUUUGCAUACUAUUUGAAAAAAAAUAAUCAAUCUGUUCUUUUUGAGGAUAACCAACGAGAUUUGGAGAGUGCUACAGAAACUCUAUCAGAAUACCUAGAAAGAGAUAUUACUUCAGAAAAUUUAGCUGACAUCAAACAGAAAGUUCAAGAUAAAUAUAGGUACUGCGAAAGUCGACGAAAAGUUUUACUUGAGCAUGUUCAUGAAGGUUAUGAGAAAGACUGGUGGGAUUACACAGAAAAAUUGUGAACUAGUCACAUGUAUUGUGAUAUAAAAAUAAGUAUACACACAAAAUACAACACAUUUACAUAAACCCGAAACAUGCUUAAAAAAAAAAAAUAAUAUAAAAUAAAUUAUAUCUGAUAAAAAAAUGUACUAAUAAUAUUAAGUCAAAUUAU